UGUGAAAUUUACGUUUUGACAAUGCCGACUGAUGCGAAGAGUUUCAUAAAAGAUUUUUUAGCGGGUGGCAUUUCCGCUGCAGUGGCAAAAACGGCGGUAGCGCCUAUCGAAAGAGUAAAAUUAUUAUUACAAGUUCAAGAAGUUUCCACGCAGAUUACCGCAGAAGAAAGAUACAAAGGAAUGAUUGAUUGCUUUAUUCGAAUUCCUAGAGAGCAAGGUUUUUUAAGCUAUUGGCGGGGGAAUUUGGCGAAUGUUAUUCGGUAUUUUCCUACACAGGCGUUGAAUUUUGCAUUUAAAGAUGUCUAUAAGAAAAUUUUCAUGGAAGGAAUAGACAAGAAAACACAAUUUUGGAGAUACUUUGGGGCAAAUCUUGCUUCUGGUGGAGCAGCUGGAGCUACAAGUUUGUGCUUUGUAUAUCCAUUGGAUUAUGCCAGGACGCGACUUGGGGCUGAUGUGGGUAAAAAUUUAAAAACAAGGCAGUACACAGGGAUGAUCGACUGCAUAGUAAAAACAUUUAAGAGUGAUGGUUUAAUGGGGCUAUAUAGAGGGUUUAAUGUCUCUGUACAAGGAAUUAUAAUAUAUCGGGCUGCUUAUUUUGGUUGCUUUGAUACUGCCAAGGGAAUGUUAAAAGAUCCAAAGAAUACUCCUGUAAUUAUUUCUUUCCUCAUUGCUCAGACCGUAACUAUAUGUUCUGGGAUUCUAUCUUACCCAUUAGACACCGUCAGACGUCGUAUGAUGAUGCAAUCAGGUCUCAAAGGGGGCGAAAUUAAGUAUAAAAGUACGAUGCAUUGCUGGGUGACAAUAGCAAGAGAAGAAGGUCCGUUGGCAUUCUUUAAAGGUGCAUUGUCCAAUGUCUUUAGGGGUAUAGGUGCAGCCUUAGUUCUAGUAUUCUAUGAUGAGCUUAAAGCCUUAAUUUAAAAAAUUUAAAUCUUGUUAUGUUAAUGUUAAAAUGUAAAAUUAAUUUUUCUUUAAAUUUAAUUCUUUCAAUUUUUUCUGUUAUAAUUUUGUUUAAUAGUAUUAUUUCAAUAAUAAUUAGAAACUUUAGUUCUUUAUUAUAUAGCUUAGAACCUUAAAUUAAAAGCUUUAAAUCUUGUUAUUUUAACGUUAAAAUGUAAAAUACAUUUAGUUCUUCCAAAUUUUUUCUGUUAUAAUUUUGUUUAUUAGUAUUAUUUCAAUAAUAAUUAGAAACUUUAGUUCUUUAUUAUAUAGCUUAGAACCUUAAAUUAAAAGCUUUAAAUCUUGUUAUUUUAACGUUAAAAUGUAAAAUACAUUUAGUUCUUCCAAAUUUUUUCUGUUAUAAUUUUGUUUAAUAG